AUGCGUUCUUGUGCUGCAUUGAAUGGGUUUUUGGGGAGUGUGCAAUGGGUGCAUGAUCCUUUCCCAUACGCUACAGUGCUAAUGAUACUUGUUUUUGUGGGUCAAGAUCAGUAUGGAUUCGACAAAGGGUCAGUAGAAGAUAAGAUUUACGUGUCUUGUUUCAAGACCGAUGGAUUUGGUCUCCCCUCAUCCAUAAUUAUAAUAAUCGGUGCUUCUUACGAGGAGUGUUUACAAUUCAUUGCUUUGUUUGGCAGUGUUUAUGCCAAUAUUCGUAAGCACCAAGGCCUGCCAUUUCGAUUCCCUGGCAAUCGAUACGAUGCGUCCGAUGCAAGAGUGCUCGCAGAGCAACACAUCUGGGCAGCAGUCUCGGAGAAGGCUAAGAAUCAAGCCUUCAAUUGCCCUAAUGGCGAUGUUUUUACAUGGAAAAGCUUCUGGAAGGAGUUGUGCAAGGUUUUCGAUGUACAGUUUGUCCAGUUUGAUGUGAUUGAGAUAAUGAAGAAGAACGCUCCGGUUUGGGAUCAGAUUGUGGAAGACCAUGGGCUCUUUAGGACCAAAAUAGAGGAUUUGAUCACUUCCUUUGAGUUUCAACAUGUUUCUAACAUGACAGAGAGUCGAGAUUUUGGUUAA